UGUAUGGAUAAGAGUGUUAUGUAAAGAAGAAGAUGAUUGAAUAUGGAAGUUUGGUUUUGUUAAUUUUAGAGUGAGUGAAAAGCGGAGAUCUAACUGUUAGGCCAACGAGAAUAAAUACACUUUUAAUAACCAUCACUUUAAUUCUCGACACGCAUCCAUUUCUGCAUUGUUCUGAGCCAAGAUGGCAUCGUUUAAGGUUACCCGCGUCCAGACUUCUCCAAUUGAUGGCCAGAAACCAGGGACUUCUGGCCUCAGGAAGAAGGUGAAGGUAUUCGUGCAACCCCAUUACUUGCAAAAUUUUGUCCAGGCUACUUUUAAUGCUCUUGGAGCUGAUAAAAUGAAAGGUGCUACACUUGUUGUCUCUGGUGAUGGUCGCUACUAUUCGAAGGAUGCUAUCCAGAUCAUCAUCAAAAUGGCAGCUGCAAAUGGAGUAAGGCGUAUCUGGGUUGGUCAAAACGGGUUGCUGUCUACGCCUGCUGUUUCCGCUGUUAUACGUGAAAGAGUAGGCGCUGAUGGCUCCAAGGCAAAUGGGGCAUUUAUACUUACAGCAAGCCACAACCCAGGGGGGCCAAAUGAGGAUUUCGGAAUCAAAUACAACAUGGAAAAUGGUGGACCUGCACCAGAAGGAAUCACUGACAAGAUCUAUUCAAACACCACCACAAUUAAGGAGUACUUGAUUGCCGAAGGCCUACCUGAUGUGGACAUCUCCAAAAUUGGAUUAAGCAACUUUACUGGUCCGGAUGGGCAGUUUGAUGUUGAUGUUUUUGAUUCAGCAAGUGACUAUGUCAAAUUGAUGAAGUCUAUUUUUGAUUUCCAGUCUAUCAAGAAUUUAUUGUCAUCUCCAAAAUUCACUUUCUGCUAUGAUGCACUUCAUGGUGUUGGUGGAGCUUAUGCUAAACGUAUAUUUGUCGAAGAGCUAGGGGCAAAGGAAAGCUCUUUGCUUAAUUGUGUACCCAAGGAAGAUUUUGGUGGAGGACAUCCUGAUCCUAAUUUGACAUAUGCAAAAGAACUAGUAGCUCGUAUGGGAUUGAGUAAGUCAGGCAACAAUGAGGACCCACCAGAGUUUGGUGCGGCUGCUGAUGGUGAUGCCGACCGCAAUAUGGUUCUUGGAAAAAGGUUCUUUGUUACUCCAUCUGAUUCUGUUGCUAUUAUAGCUGCAAAUGCUGUACAGGCGAUACCCUACUUUUCUGGUGGUCUAAAAGGAGUUGCAAGGAGCAUGCCCACAUCAGCUGCUCUUGAUGUUGUAGCUAAGCACUUGAAUCUGAAAUUCUUUGAGGUACUAUGUGAUAUUAACAUUUGUAAAAUAACCAUGCAUUAUUUUAGAGGUCUACUAAUUUUUAUCUCCAUGAAGGUGCCAACUGGAUGGAAAUUCUUUGGCAACCUAAUGGAUGCUGGAAUGUGUUCAGUUUGUGGUGAAGAAAGUUUUGGAACUGGCUCUGACCACAUACGUGAGAAAGAUGGAAUAUGGGCUGUGCUGGCAUGGCUAGCUAUUAUUGCCUAUAAGAACAAAGACAAUCUCGGGGGAGAUAAACUUGUUACUGUUGAAGACAUUGUGCGCCAACAUUGGUCGACAUAUGGGCGUCACUAUUACACUCGAUAUGAUUAUGAGAAUGUUGAUUCUGGUGGUGCCAAGCAACUGAUGGAUUAUUUGGUCAAGCUGCAAUCGAACCUAACUGAAGUCAACAACAUUGUAAAGGGAAUCCGGUCAGAUGUCUCAAAAGUUGUCAAUGCUGAUGAAUUUGAGUACAAGGAUCCCGUUGAUGGUUCCUUUUCAAAGCAUCAGGGAAUCAGAUACCUAUUUGAAGAUGGAUCUCGAUUAGUUUUCCGACUCUCUGGAACUGGUUCGGAAGGGGCUACUAUCCGUCUCUACAUAGAGCAGUACGAGAAGGAUCCAUCCAAGAUCGGGAGGGAAUCUCAAGACGCACUUGCUCCUCUAGUUGAGGUUGCUCUUAAGCUUUCUAAGAUGCAAGAGUACACUGGCCGAUCUGCUCCCACUGUUAUUACAUAGAUGCUGCAGACACAGUGGUGAGGAGUUUGUUUGCACCUCGAUAUCGUUCGUUGACAUAAUUUUGUUGAAAAAAAUAAGCAAUGCAAUAACUCUACCAGUGAGGCAUUAUAUACACAGGCAUGAAACCAUGUACUGAACAUGGUCUGUGUUACCUUGUUAUGAGGGUUAUGGAUUUGAUUAUGUUGUCACCCACAUUAUUUUGGUAUCUGCUUUGUGUUAUGUAAGAAGGUUUUAUUCUGAA